CAUGGCUCCACAAACACAACUUCCAAACGCAUAUUGUCCACCUGGAUGGGUAAUGAACGAUAGAUCAUGUUACCUGCUUCACACGGACAGUCCAUACACCUGGAAAGAUGCUAAUUCAUUCUGUGCAACACAACUGGCACAUCUUGUCAUCAUUGAAACUGCAGAAGAGGACAACUUUCUCAAACAACUGACACUACCGAUAAUCGAUUUGCAUCAUACACAGGCGUCUGGAUUAUGGACUGCCGGAAGUGACGAUGACACGGAAGGAAUUUGGAAAUGGAUUGAUGGUUUCAGGCAUACAGACAAACUCAUACAGGGAUAUAAAAACUGGCAUUCCGGGGAACCAGAUUCUGGUUCUGGCAAUCAUGAUGAAGACUGUAUGUGUAUAAUUGGUCGUCGAAACUUUGAAUGGCAGGAUUAUAGGUGUAGCACUCAUAUGAAUUUUAUAUGUGAAAAAUCCAUCACCUAUUCGUCUGCCUUGGUGGGAUAAUGCAUUAGCAUUGGAAUCGAAAGAAUGGUUUAAUAUGAAAAUCGAUGGAUUAAAAUUGUACAUUU